AUGGCUGUCCUGAGCCGAUUGGCCCUCACGGCCUCGUUUGCCCUCAGCGCCUCGGCUGCUGGGCUCGGAUCCUGGCAGCAGAGCCCGUUGACGUCUCCCUCCUCGCUCUCGUCGUCGCAGGACUCGAAGCCGCUCAUUAGCACCGAGGCCCUGCAAGAGGCCAUCAGCAUCGAUGCCCUCGUGAAGCGCGCUGAAAAGUUCUACAAGUUUGCCCAGAGCUCGGAGGAGGACUACGGCCAUCCGACUCGAGUCAUUGGCAGCACUGGCCACGAGAGGUCGCUCAACUACAUUGUCAACACUCUGCUCGACCAAGGCGACUACUACAAUAUCUCUACCCAGGAGUUCCCGGUGACGCUGAGCAAUGUCUUCGAGUCCCAGCUUGUUCUCGGCAGCAGCGUGUCCAAGAGUGCUGUUCCUAUGGGCUUGACGCCGGCAACCAAGGACAGAGAGCCUGUUCAUGGCCAGCUGGUGCUCGUAAACAACGACGGCUGCCACGACUCCGAUUACCCCAAGAACGUCAAGGACAACAUUGCUUUUAUCCGCCGAGGAGCCUGCGCCUUUGGCGACAAGUCCAUCGGAGCUGGAAAAGCCGGCGCCAAGGCUGCUGUCAUCUACAACACCGACCCCGAGGAGCUCCAUGGCACGCUGGGCGAGCCAACCAAGUACCACGUUGCGACAUUCGGCAUCGACGGCGUGGAGGGCACCGCCGUUGCUGAGAAGCUUGGCAAGGGCGAGUCCGUCAGCGCCAUUGCCUACAUUGACGCCGAGGUCAAGCAGAUUCAGACGGUAAAUGUCCUGGCACAGACGGACGAGGGAGAUCCGGACAACUGCGUCAUGCUCGGUGGCCACAGUGAUGGCGUUGCCGAGGGCCCUGGCAUCAACGACGAUGGCUCCGGCAGCAUGUCUGUUCUGGAGGUAGCCGUCCAGCUGGCCAAGUUCAAGGUGAACAACUGCGUUCGCUUUGCCUGGUGGGCCGCCGAAGAGGAGGGUCUCCUGGGAUCCGACUUUUACGCCGCCAGCCUGUCCGAGGAAGAGAACCAGAAGAUUCGCCUCUUUAUGGACUACGAUAUGAUGGCCAGCCCCAACUUUGCCUACCAGAUUUACAAUGCAACCAACGCGCUUAACCCUGCCGGCUCUGAGGAAUUGCGAGACCUCUACGUCGAUUGGUACAAGUCCCAGGGACUCAACUACACCUUCAUUCCUUUUGACGGCCGUAGCGACUACGACGGCUUCAUCCGCGCCGGCAUUCCUGCUGGUGGAAUUGCCACUGGUGCGGAAGCCGUCAAGACCAAGGAGGAGGAAGAGAUGUUUGGUGGUCAUGCCGGACAGUGGCUCGACCCAUGCUACCACCAGAUCUGCGACGACCUGGGCAACUUGAACCACACUGCGUGGGAGGUGAACACCAAGCUUAUUGCUCACUCUGUUGCCACCUACGCUCUGUCUUUUGACGGAUUCCCCAAGCGUGAGCAAGAGACCACGAUUAACUCGUACAGCGAGACGAUCAAGCAGCACGGUCCCAAGUUGAUCAUGUAA